CUUAACAUUUGCGCGGGCACGUCAACAUACACGCUGGAAGCACAGCCUUUGCUUUCGAUAGUAGUGGUGCGCUACAGCGAAUGGAAUAGGUUACAAACAAGCAGGCACCAUACCAGAAGUGUGAGCAGUGGUUUGUGGCACAGCUCUGUCGCGGGCAACUGAUCGCUUGAAAUCAUGCUGGAUUGACUGAAGAGGCUACUACAAUCAAUGGCUUGGCUUUGAAAUCGUUAACAUUUUAUUGGAAAGGAGUGUGUGAGACAGAGGGAGAGGGAGAGCGAGGGAACAAGAGAGUGCGCACGAGUGAGAGAGGGGAGAGAGAGGUGUAAAUAAAGAUUAUUUCAACAAUGGAACUUACAAUGGAAAACAUUGGAAAUCUGCACGGCGUAUCUCAUUCUCAUCAAACGGGUGACUUAAUGAACUCUCCGCACCACGCACGGCAGUCCUUGGCGUCGCAUCGGAACUUGGUGUCGCACGGACGGUCAGCCAUGGUGUCCAGUAUGGCCUCAAUAUUAGAGGGAGCUGGGGAGUAUCGCACAGACCAUGCAUUGUCCGGUCCCUUGCACCCCGCCAUGACCAUGUCCUGCGACUCCGGGAUGACCAUGAGCAGCACUUACACUACGCUGACACCGCUGCAGCACCUGCCUCCCAUAGCCACCGUCUCGGAUAAAUUUCACCAUCAUCCUCACCCGCACGCUCACCACCAUCCGGCCCAUCAGCGUCUCACCGCCGGUAACGUCAGCGGCAGCUUCACGCUCAUGCGGGACGACAGGAGCCUUGCCUCAAUGAGCAACCUCUACGGCCACUACCCUAAAGACAUGUCCGGCAUGGGCCAACCACUGUCCCCUCUCUCCAACGGCCUCGGGUCUUUGCACAACUCGCAGCAGACUCUUGGCGCCUAUGGUCCGGGAGCCCACCUCUCCAACGACAAGAUGCUCUCGUCGGGAGGCUUCGAGUCUCACGCAUCGAUGCUGUCCCGGAGCGAGGAACACCUGGCCCGGGGAUUUGGGGGCCACGGGGCCGGGAUCAUGUCAUCCCUGAACGGUAUGCACCAUCACAGCCAUCCGCACUCUCAGGCUAACGGAUCCAUGCUCUCUGACCGGGAGAGGCAGACGGCAGGGGGCGGGCAGGGAGGUGGGUCCGGGCAGGUGGAAGAAAUAAACACCAAGGAGGUGGCACAACGAAUAACGGCGGAACUCAAGCGCUACAGCAUUCCCCAGGCCAUCUUCGCCCAGCGGAUCUUGUGUCGUUCCCAGGGAACCCUGUCUGACCUGCUGAGGAACCCUAAGCCCUGGAGUAAACUCAAGUCUGGCCGGGAAACCUUCCGGAGGAUGUGGAAGUGGCUACAAGAACCCGAGUUCCAGAGAAUGUCGGCACUCAGACUAGCAGUAGCCCGGCCUCUGCGGGAGAGAGUCGCACCGCACCCAAUUUCAGAUCAGCCCCAUUCAAGCCAUCGAUCCCAGGCAGACCGGUUGGCUGAACGCCUGCAAGCGCAAAGAGCAGGAGCAGCACAAAGACUGCAACAUGGCGCCCAAAAAGCAGCGGCUGGUCUUCACGGACCUGCAGCGCCGCACGCUCAUCGCCAUCUUCAAGGAGAACAAGCGCCCGUCCAAGGAGAUGCAGAUCACCAUCUCCCAGCAGCUGGGCCUGGAGCUCAACACCGUCAGCAACUUCUUCAUGAAUGCCCGGCGCCGCUGCGUGGACCGCUGGCACGACGAGCACGGCACCAGCCCCGGCCAGCCGGGCACCUCGGCCACCACCUUCUCCAAAGCCUGAGAGGCCAGGGGGGAGCCACGGGGUGGGAUGGGAAGGUAGUACCUCCUGUAGCCCACUCCGUUCCCAAUAUCCAUGUUGAUGCCUCAUUCGUUCCAUGCAACCACCUCUUGGUCAGUCGUAACUUUAACUACAACGAUCUGAAAGUCUCACCACUGGACUGUUAUGAAGCAAGUGAAACGUAAAGGUAACAUGUAGUCAGGUCCACACAAGGACAAUCAUCUUUUUUUUUAUUGAAUUGAGUUUCUGUUGAUGGUGUCAGUCCAUCUACACUACAGGCACCAUGAUAUGUUGCUAUGUUUAAACGAUCUCAACAUCAAGCAUCGGCCAGCCUCCCUAUCCAGGUAGUUGCUGCUGAAUCCCUCCCAGCUCUCCCCUUUGUGUCUGCUAUGAGUCUGCUCAGCCCCAUUCUCUACUCACAUUUCUCAACAAAGACAAAAGAACGUCAAUAAACCUGACAGCACACAGCCCUGUUAUCUAACCCAGUCCUGUGCGCAAGACCAUCCUAGAGAAAACAACACAACCCCAUGAAAAAACAAAAGCUCGACCGGUCUUCUCCUCCCUCUCUCCACUCCUUCUUCGCCAAAGGUAUUCCCUGAUGGCCAGCCAUUUCAGCGAGCCACUCGGAUCAUACGCCGGCAAACUAAUGAAUUGAAAAAUGAAUCGAUGCAGACAGGGAGAGGGAGCAGGGCCUUGACCCUUCCUGAAGGUGAAACAGAAGACGCUUGGCAGUAAAGAUACUCAGGUCUGCCCGGCUGCCCAGGUCUAUAUUUUUGCACAGAUGUUGGAGGCCUGCAGGGAGACUGUCGUUGCUUUGGAGAAGCAGAAGCGUCUGUGUUUGUGACCGUCGGGGAGGAGAUAUGUCUGGACAUGCUCUUUGUUCAGGAGGGAGCUGCUUUUCACUGAUCAAUACAGAAACCAAGCGACAACACGGCCAGGCAGGCGUCCAGCCAACUGUAUUACAGCUGCUGCCCGAGAAGAAUGUAAGAAGAGCACAUGGGGAACUCAAUGGAGGUGGCAACACAAUGGCCUCACCCGGCGGCAGCGUCCAGUCUACUCUGCACUGAAGGUGCCCUAGUGCCCCCUGCUGGUUAUAGGAGGAGCUGCAGACCGCAGUCCUCAGAGGAGAAGCUUCUCAGUGUGUUCCAGGGCUGGGGAGAGAGAGGCCAUGGCACAACAUUUUCAGGCCCUCGCACCUCUCUGAAGGCAGAUCAAUAGAGAGCCAUUAUCCUAUUGUUGUUCACCAGUCCUUGUUGGAUGAGGAAGUAGGAGGAGGGGAUGGUUCAACCAGCAGCCUAUACACUGGGAAAAAGAAGAGGCAGGUUUUUAGCAAACACUUCAAAUACGUUACCUUGAUAACACUCACCAAGCAAAUAGAUGACCUUGUAUCACAACAUACACGUCAGGUUAUUGAAAAGAUACAGUCAGAAACACAAACAGUUGAUAUGGAGAGAUCUCAGUUUCAUUUAGUGGACAGAGGGGUAAUGAUGGAUCCAGAAACAUUUGAGGUGCUACGGAGAUUUAGUAUUACAUCAUUGUUUACGGAAAAAUGGUGGGGAGGCUUCCUGUUUUGAAACUGAAUGACACACAGUUUAGAUGCAUCAUCCGUCUUUUACCAAAAAUAGGGAUCAGCAGAUUUGGAAAAGAGCCAAUCUUCCACUUGAUAUUCCCACCCAAUGGUUAUUGUCUGUGGCUUGCCGCGACAUACUACAGUCACAAAUGCUACAAGAACUAGUGCCAAUGCUAACUGCCUUAAUGAUAAUCAGAGAAUAUGGCAUUGCAUUCACAUACAGCUACAGUGUGCCCUACUCCUACUGAUGGGCAGUAUGUGCCAUAGCAACCCACAAUAAACUUUUAAGUGAAUUAGAAUCUGCUUUUUUAGAAAACAAAGAAAUGUACCCGAUUUUAUUAAGGCAUACAAUACCAAACCUCAAAACUAAAGAUACCACAAUAUGUUACAAAGAAAAUCCACCGACACAUACUGGACACAUUUUGAAACAGAGGAAAAUCUCUCUCGCUUUCAUUCUAUCUUUGGUUAUCUACCUCCUCUUCCCCUACCCCCUCUUUUCCCUCUCUUUCUUUCUUACACUCUAUAAUAUUGAUGCGGGUAAUUAGUACCAUAGACACAAAGUUUAUAUUUCUUGUUACUUUUGUGCUCUGUCGUGCAUAAGUAAGGCACCUUGUUGAUAAAUCAAAAAAAGACAAAUGUAAGGACUUUUUAAAAGAAAAAAAGAUGGAUGCAAGGACUGAGACCAAUGAAGGACAUCUUUUUUUGCAUUAUAUGUGAAUAUUGACGAGGAGGAGACAUCUCCCAAGAGAAGGAGAAACCAGGGAGAUGGACGAUGUAUUCUUUCGUGGCGUUUCAUGUCGGGCUGCGGUCCGUACAUCAGCACCCCUUUAAUCUGAGCCUCAAAACUGGCUGUGGAAAGGGGACGCAGCAUGACCUCCAUACGUCCUUUCUGGUUAUGUGUGUGUGUGUGGGGGGAGGGAUGAAGGUUAAAGGGGAGUUGGGACAUGGAUGCUAUCUGAAUGGUCUUAAAAUGCAACUGUAGCAUUUCCAACAAUAUAGUUAGAUUAACUGUGCAGAUUAGAUAAGACAUUGUCAUGGUAAAUGGUUUGAUAAAAUGGCUGUAAACUCACUUUGCUAUAAGCAGUGAGUUUGAAGUCUGGAACGAUGAGAAAAAUGUAUUUGUGGUACACAGUUCAGCAAGGAUAGGAUUCAGCUCUAUGUCCGUGGCUGAAAAAAUGACCUUUGUUUGUAGUGAGAACCGAUGUGGCUACCUCACUAAGCUGAGUGGUUUGUGAAACCGCCACGAAUACCAAAGAUUACUCCAGCCUGCCAGUCCCAUGCUGCCUGGGGGACACACCAAAAAGACCCCCCUCUGCCCCAACGCUGUUACAGACAGACACAACGACACAGUUAGACACACUGACAUGCUCCAUAGACACACAGUGCAGUCAGGCUGCAUUGUGCCACAAAGGAGGAGGUGGCUACCAUGCAGAUUGAGUUGAGUGCCUUUUUCCUUCAACCACGGGUGGGACUGCUCUGGACACACACACGCACAUGCACACGCACACACACACACUCACACUCAUACAUAGACAUUACAUUCAUUAUUAGAUGGACAGAAAGGGGGGCCAAAGAAAGGGGGUGGGGGCUGUGUCAGCAUUUUCUUUCAUGUUGACUUGCCAUCUUGAUACACUAGAAUCCAAGCACUUUAUCAUGUAGGAAGUCUAGAAAACAUUUUCUAUACACUAUUUAUUUGAGACAAAAAAAUAUGUUACUUCGAAUUCCUUCAAUCGCUUUGUUACCGCACAGUAGUUGCUGUCGGAGUAGCGCAGAGCCCUAGUUUCUGUAGCCUGGUGUUCUUCUGCUCUCUGUCCCUUUACCCCUCCCAACAGAGAUAUUUUUAUGUAACAGAAAGGGAGGAGGUUAAAGGGCUUGACAGAAGUCAGAAGUGACCAGGUUAUAGUUGUAAUAUCUCACCACUGCAUGCCACUCUCUCUCCACACCUGGUGCCAGAACUAAUGCUGCACUGGGCACUGGAACAGUCACUGACAAUUAUAGACUGACACAACUUCGCUCUCCCGCCACUCCCACCCUGUCUACUCUUCUCACACAUCAACCUCUCCCCCUGGCCAGAGCUAAGACUUGGUAGGCAUGUGUUGACAAUUCAUUCUGAAAUACCUCAAACCUUUCAUGUAAAGUUUAUGUAAUUUAACUUAAAAUAGUAAUGCUAAUGAUAACAAUGAUUAUGAUACUACGAUACUAUGAUAGUUAGUUUUGGAACUUGUAACUUGAAGCUUUAUACUGUUACAUUUUUGAAUUUGUUUGCUCAUUUUCUUGUCCGUUUCCUGCUUGUUUUGCUACGGCAUGUACUUAAUGUUUUCAUAAAGGAAAGACAUUGUGAAUGUUUCUGUGGAAGUUAAAAUGGGAAAAGAACAAGGGACAGGAGAGAGGAUAAGAGGAAGGAAAGAGAGAAAGAGUGCUACAAGAGCGACUUAACACAUAGUUAGCUCAGCUCUUUAAGAGGUGUGUUUUUUCAAAGACAAAAAAACCCGGAUUUGGAUCGAAUUCAAAAAAGUAUCAUUUGAAUAUUAACCAAAGGAAGACCUUUUUUACUCAUCCUAAGCUUUCUUCUGCCAUUUUGUUCUCUUUUCUCCAAAACAAUUUCACAGUUACUUUUGAAGGUUCCUGAGUGUGUUCAAGUACUCCUGAUGUUAUUAAAAUAUAAAAAACAGCACCUCUCACUGAAAGAGGGGUGCAACCUUUUUUUUCUGCAUGGAUAUUGUAUAACUGUAUAGAAACCUACAGGAAUUACCUGUGAUUUUGUGGGAGAGGAGGAAGGAAAGACUGGGGGUGGGUGGAGGGGGGUAUUUGGUAAAAAGGGGGGGUUGGGGUUUGGCGUUGGAGGGGUCUUUGUUUUUAGACUUUUUGUCACUGUUGGAUUCACUGGUUGUGUGCAUGUGUUGUUUCAACCCUUUCCCCCUCCCCAAUGUAUAUAAAUCCUGACAGUAGGGGGCAGUGUGCUGGGGAGAUUCCACUCCUCCUCUCCAAUCAAUCUCAUUCAAUCUCAUUCCUCAGCCUGGCUACUAACAAGGUCCUGUUGGUGGCUGUCCUGCUUUUCCAAGGCCGGGUUGUUUCCUUGGAGUUAAUCAGAGGGACUAAGCCACAGGCCUGGGUGUAGCUGCCUAUAUGUACUGUAUGUCUCAUCCUUUUCUUUCAUCUGUGUGUAUGUGCGUGUGCAUUUGAAUUUAUGUGAAAAAUUGUUCUUUCUUUGGGUUCUAAUCUUUUUCAUGCAAAAUGUAAACAUUUACCAACCAACCAGUACGUUGGAAACUGACCCCUCCAACCAGAGAUGUUCUCAUCUUCUGUCAAAUAGCAUAUGUGCAUCAUUUCCCCUUGGGAUGUAAAGUUGCCAGACGGCCUGCAGUCAGACCCCGUUACCACCCCCAGUCACACUGUGCUCUCCCUCUUCUGGUACCUGUUAAUCAAUCAGAACCAAGUGUCUUUGUGAUGGUAGAAGACAAUCAGUUUCAAAACAAGGAAAAGGUAGAGAGAGGACAGGCCGGUAGGGGGGAUUGGGAGGAGAAAUCAGGAAAAGAGGCUCUCCGGGUCGUUUACUGCUGUAGUGCCCCAACUGCCAAAAUAUGCCCACAACCCACUACCCCACACUCCAAUACACUCCCUAUCAUAAAUCUCAUCACAAGCCACACAUGUAGUAGGGUGGCAAGUAGCCUAGUGGUUUAGACGGUAGGGCCAGUAACCAAAAAGGUUACUGGUUCAAAUCCCGAGCUGACUAGGUGAAAAAUCUGUCAAUACGCCCUUGAACAAGGCACUUAACCAUAACUGCUCCUGUAUGUUGCUCUGUCUGCUAAAAUGUAAAAUCAUCCCAAACAUUUAGCCCUUACCUUGAGAAACUCUUACUCUGACAUCCCUUGUCUAUAAUAGUAACCAAUUUCUGAUCAAGGACACACAACAACAUUCCCUCUCACCUGUCGAUCUCACAUGCCUUCACUCACUGACACUGUAUUGUGUGGGAGCAAAACGACACAAUGCAGUGCAAAACAGUUAUCACUAUAUUUCCCAUCUAACCCCUCUCCUUCUGAUCUAAUGUUGACAAAACCAGCCGUGAGAGAUAAGAGGAUCUGGCUGGUGGCUUUUGCACAGAAAUCUAUGCAAACACCUGACCCCCCCAAUCUUAGUCAUUGCUGCUGGGUCAGAGUGUACAACCUUCUAUCCCCCACCUACCCUUUCCAUUUCAUGACACCUGCCCUUCCCGGUUCCCCCCAGAGUGGGUCUAGCAGCUGCAGACACUCAGGGUACUGUAGAGUGCCUGGAGAGGAGAGGCACUACAGCACUGACUCUCUAGUGGCUACCAGACUGUGUUUUUACUAGAUUUUAGAACGGUCCCAAACUGCCAUUGACAUGACAUGGAGUCCAUGCCCAUACACGGGUAGCCUAAAUCAUUUUGCUACAUGGUCACACGUUACAAUGUUGGAUAGUCUCUGUUUAAGGACAAGGAAGGCCCCAGUCAAUCAAUGCAGACAUCCAAAUGGACCAUAGUUUACAAAAGCUUCAAAAGGCAAGGGUGACUUUCAGUAAACACAUACAAACUCAUACAGACACACACACUCACAUACAUGGAAUUAAAGUCUGCCAUUUGAGAGCGUAUGCAAAAACCAAAGAUGAAAUCAGAGGAAUGAAAAUCUGACCACUGAACCAAGACAAUGGCCAGCUCUCAAAGCUGCUCUAUUGAUUCCGUGAAUGAUUCCAACACUGGCCAUGUAAACAUUCACACACACACACACACACACACACACACACACACACACACACACACACACACACACACACACACACACACACACACACACACACACCUGUGCGUCCAGCCUCUGGUCUGAGAGCCUCUUUUCCCUCCUCCCACUGCAGAAGCCGGAGAGCCUGUGGAUAACGUUUUGUUUAGCUCUAGUGGAGACUUUUGAGAUGGAAAAAAAUCUGAGUAAUAGCUAACUGUUACAGAAAAUAAAAACUUAAAAGGAUAAUAUGGGUAAAUUGCGUGUUUUGAAAUAAAUUAACAAAUAAAACAAGGAUAAAACAUC